AUGGAACCCUUGAGGGCAAGAUUAGGACAACAACCAGUUCCACAAGAGAUCCUUGAAGAACAACCUGGGAGGGUAGUGAUGGUUAAUAGAAACCAAAAUGCUGACGAAAUGAUUCACAGGUUUAGGCAAAAUAAUCAGAUGGAGACAAAUCUGACUACUAUGAUAGAGAUGAUUAUGGCCCAAAAUGGUUUGAACACCGGACUUCGAAGGCCAAAUUAUACAUCCCCUUUAUCAGAUUAUGUUUUACAAACUGAAUUACCCAGGGGUCGCAAGAUCCCUAGGUUUACCAAAUUUUCAGGGGAUAAUAGUGAAUCUACCACAAAGCACAUAGCCAGGUAUAUGACAGAGGCGGGAGAUUUGGCGAACAAUGAGGAUCUGAGGAUGAAGUAUUUCCCUAGUUCUCUAACCAAGAACGCUUUCACAUGGUUCACAACACUAUCACCAAACUCAAUAGAUAAUUGGUCUCAGUUAGAGAGGUUAUUCCAUGAACAAUUCUAUAUGGGUCAAACCAAGAUAAGUCUCAAAGAAUUGGCCAAUAUUAAGAGGAAGUUUACUGAACCUAUAGAUGAUUAUCUAACAGGUACCAUUUUCUAA